AUGCAGAAGGCGGCGUCCUCCGACACUACGCCUGAGAGGUUUAUGAUGGCUUGGGAAUUGAAGGCUAUCGCCGCUGGAAGAAAACCGCUACCUACUGCGAGACGGAAGCGAAAAUUAGAUGAGGUGGAGAGCUCCGAGUCUGGCGAUAACCCGGACAGCUCAACCUUGGAGCAAGAUGGCCAGAGUGCUAAGUGUGUCGGUGGCUCUCAUAGCGAAGACGAUAAAAAGAAUACGACGGCCAGCCAUGUUGCUAAGAAAACAAAAUUGAGCAACGCCAAAGCCCCAAGGAGGCAAUGGAGUCAAGAUGAGAUCCGCUCUGUGGUUACCAUGCGCAGAAAUCAAAACUCUUGGGAACAGAUACAUCAGCGGUUUCCAACUCGAACAAUCGUAGGCAUUCGACAAAUAUUCUGGAAAUACAACGCGAGUCUACACCUUCCCUUGGGCUAA